UUGAUUUUUCUUUUAGGUUUAUGGUUGACACAAAAGUAGUUGGCUGCAACUGGAUUGAAGUGCCACCUGGGAAAUAUACCUUAUUGUCAUCUACUUCAUCUUCCCGCUGCCAAAUUGAAUUAAACGUAGCAUGGAAUGAUUUCAUAGCACACGAACCAGAAGGAGAAUGGUCGAAAAUUGCACCUGUUCGUAUAUUGAGUUUUGAUAUUGAAUGUGCUGGACGAAAGGGUGUGUUUCCUGAACCUCAGCAUGAUCCGGUCAUUCAGAUAGCAAACAUGGUGAUAAGGCAAGGUGAAAAAGGUCCCUUCAUUCGUAACGUAUUCACGCUCAAUUCAUGUGCUCCCAUCAUCGGAUCACAGGUUUUGUCCUACCAGAGUGAACAGGCUCUUUUGAAAGAAUGGGCUGAUUUUAUUCGUGCUGUUGAUCCUGACAUCAUCACUGGUUACAACAUUCAGAACUUUGAUUUCCCGUACCUCAUAAAUAGGGCCAAUCACUUAAAGAUCAGUAGUUUUCCCUUUCUGGGAAGAAUUAAAAACAUAAGAACUAUCAUCCGAGAUUCCGUUCUUCAAUCAAGGCAGAUGGGAAAACGUGAAAACAAAAUUAUCAAUAUCGAAGGGAGAAUACAGCUCGAUUUAUUACAAGUAAAUCAUUAAAAU